GCAGUGGUGUUGGAUCCGGAUGAAGGAAAAGUAUUUAUGAAAGCGAAAAAGUUCAAUAUUUUGGUGGAGACGUUUCGAAGUGGCAGCAGGAAAAAAUCGAUUUUCCGUCGGAAAAGUGCACCAAUUGCUUGCAAUUGCCAGUGAAAAGUGAUGCCGUAUAAAUACUGAAAGUGCAUGAGUUGGGAGCGAAUGGCUAGCGGAACGCGAAAAAGCGGAAGUGCAGUGUGAAAGUGGCAGUCCGAAGCGCAGAAAAGAAUAGUCUAGGAAGAGGAAGAGGAGGAGGAGGUGCAUUGCAGAAAAAGAGUAGAGUUUCUUUCGGAUCUUGUUGCUGCUCUCGGUGCUGCUUGCCUAGCUGCAGCAGUUUAAGCCCCCCAGCUGAGCCACCGAAGAAACCGCAAAGACAAACGACCACGACUACAGAAGGCAAGUAGAAGACGGCAAGAGAAGACUGCGAAAGAAACGCAGCUCGGUUUGGCAGAAAGUCAGGGGAAAAGUAGGACAAAACCAUUUUCACCUAGUAGGAAACCGAGAUCGCAUUCGAUUUGAUCCAGUGCGGCGUUUUGCGUUAGAAUAAUCGCGCAAUGACGUCCGUUCAGAGCCAAGAGGAUCUCGAAGCACGCAUAGCUCGCAUCCUGAAACGCAAUGAAGAAAUCGAAAAGAAGCACCGGGAAGCGGAGGCCGAUCGGCUGAUGGCCAUGAAGGAGAAUGCCAUGGUCGAGAUCAAACCACCGAAGGACGAUGACUGGCCACGAGAGCACAAGUACGACAAGAUAGAUUUCACAUACGAUCUUGAUGAAGACGCUCUAGCAGAGCUCGAAGAGAAAAAGAAAGAGAAGAACGCAUUCAUUCAAAAGAUCGCUAAGGACUACAAAGUUUUCGCCGAAGGCGAGGGUCCUCCACCAGACCCCGCUUACAGUUUCCUAGCGGACGUAGAAAGGGAUGGCGAAAAGGCACUGCCAGCUCCUGUUGGUAGCGUUGGUGCUAAGAUCAACAAAAAUAACUUCGAGCGAAAGAACCCCAACAAUCGAAGUGGUCGACAAGCGGGAAAUGGAUCGAACAUAGCCGGGGGUAAUCGUGGUGGUGGUCGCGGUGGAGGAAAAACAGGUUACAACGGUAACCUACAGAGGUCGUUAUCGACCAACGAACACGAUGGGCGACGUCCACAGGAGCAUGCUCGACAUGGUCCCGGUGCCGGUCAUAAACCGGGAGGCGAUGGCAAAUGGCGUCGGGAAUGGGAGCAGGACAGAAGCAAAGACGAUUGCUGCAUCCACAAUGCACAGAACAAUGGGUUCAAGGGAGAACCGAAUCUGACCGUCUCGGUGUCGCAGGAUGGAGAGUUCAAGAGCGUUAAAGUGACGUCCCCUCCGAUCAUUGGCAGUGGUCGGGUUGGCCCCCGCCAACCAGCGAAACCACAGUUCCAGUUCCAAACAUCGGGACUCCAUCCUGGAAUGGAACAUCACCAUCACCCACAUCACCAUCAGCAGCAGCAUCAUUCUUCUCAUGGCCAUCCAGCGCAGCACCAAGGAAGUGGCGGCAAGCAACCACAUCACAGGAAUAAUGACAGCUUUAAUCGCAAUUCCUCCGGUCGCAAAUCGGACAAGGACGUAAGGCGUGGUCCCAAGCAAGGUCCAGGGCAAUCAGCCACAAGCAAUAAGCAGCCACAAACUGGUGGCGGCAGCGUACAGGAUCGACUGAAUCGCAAUAGGUCGGUCAAUAUCGAUAGGAACGACAAUUCCAUCAAAGUCAGUACCAACAAUGGAGGCGAAUCAGUAUCUUCUCAACCGCAACCGAAGGCGAACGCUACAUUAAAAACCAUUUCGAAAAUUAUCGAAAAGAAUGCCGAAAUAGAUGAGAAGCUAGCCCGGCAAAUGCACCAGGAGAACGAAAAAAUGGCCAACCGAGUCAAGGAGCUGCGAAUGCAGGAUGGGGCUUAGGAAAGAGUAUACAAGCUGAUUAUUUGAGCUUUUGAAAAUGAUGAUUCGAGUGCUGCUGCUUGUGGUAGAAACCUUUAAUCCAGUGCAGUUUUAGCGCUGCGCACAUUAAACCAUAAUCGUAGUGCGAAAGAUGUAGCCAGCAAAAAGCACGCACGCUCUUUAGAUAUGUAUAUGCGCAAGUGCUACUAAGAAAACUUCAUUACUAGUUGUAAUACAGUAGACGAAGAGAAGGAGUUUGGUUUAGAGAGGAUUACCUUACGCAAGUGCAUAGUUGGCAGCUUUUGAAGUAUAACCGACUUCCCCCGAGAAGAUUGAUACCGCGUAAUCAACCCGUGGAUUUCCGAUACCCUCCUAGACACUAGUAUAGAGCAGCAUCUGCAGAAUUCUACUUCCCUAGUUUUUUUCGGCGUGCAGGCCAACGCAAGAACCAGUUUUAUUAGAUGCUGUCCCUAUUUAUUAUUUAUAUACACCUUUUCGAAUUUUAAAAUCCUAACGGAGCAAAGUUUUGCACUAUUAAUUUAUUUAAUUAGUAAUCAUCAAACUAAGUAUGUAUGUUAUCGCAAAUUACGUUUUUACAUUAUAUUUUUUACACCCAUACGUUGUAAACGGAUCGGAAGCAUUUAGAGACACAACAUUUAUCACUGUUUGAGGCAAGCUCAAAAAUUGUUUCUAAUAAUCUGCUUUCAUUUUACGAUUAUAUAUUUUAUACAUUUAGCAUAACGCAUUCAUAAAUGUUAAUGAAAUAUAUUGGAAGUAACAUUUGAUGAUAAAAAAAA